CCUGCCCCCCCCCGCCCCCGGCCGCCCCCUCGGAGCGGAGGAUGAUGAAGCUCAAGUCCAACCAGACGCGCACCUACGACGGGGACGGCUACAAGAAGCGGGCGGCCUGCCUGUGCUUCCGCAGCGAGAGCGAGGAGGAGGUGCUGCUGGUUAGCAGUAGUCGUCAUCCUGAUCGAUGGAUUGUCCCUGGGGGUGGCAUGGAGCCCGAGGAGGAGCCCAACGUAGCCGCUGUGCGAGAAGUCUGUGAAGAGGCUGGAGUGAAAGGGACGUUAGGAAGAUUAGUGGGAAUUUUUGAGAAUCGGGACAGGAAACACAGGACAUAUGUUUACGUACUUAUCGUCACAGAAGUGUUGGAAGACUGGGAGGACUCUGUCAAUAUUGGAAGGAAAAGGGAAUGGUUUAAGAUAGAAGAUGCCAUAAAAGUUCUGCAGUAUCAUAAACCAGUGCAGGCCUCGUAUUUUGAAACCUUGAGGCAAGGUUGUUUGGCAAACAACGGCACUCCUGUCAUGACCACGACGUACUCUGAGAGCUCCAUGUCUGACAUCAGAUGACUGAAGACGUCCCUAUGAGAGCAAUUUUGAAAAAUAGACUGAAACGUGGAUUUCCCUCCCCCCUCCCCUUUUUCACAUGCCUCCUCUAUCAAACAAGGCAUGGGCAGCAGCCUGUGGCAGAGCAAGUGUUAAGAGUGCUGCAAUUUAGUGCAAGGUGGGAAUUUUUUUUUUUGUUGGCUUUUUUUGCUUUUUUGGAUAUGUAUUUUGUAAAAUACAUUUUGUGCAUGAAGUGCCCCUUUCCCGUUACACCGCUUCCAUGGCCUGGCGAGCGAGGCUGCCAGUUUUGCCUCUGCCUUGUGUUCUGAAGUGUCCCGUUUGUGUCAUCCCAGCCAUAGCCACUUUUUUUUUUUUAAUUAAAAGACUUCAAAUGUGAGAUCAGCUCUUCAAGUCUUAGUCUGUACUGUAAGGUGCUGUUCAGACCUGUGUGGUGGUCACUUUCAGCGCAUAUGUAUAAACUUUUUUUAGAUGGAGAAUCUAACAUUUUAAUUUUGCCGGAGUUUUUUUAAUCCUGGUCUGCUUCUGAAAAGAAGGGUUCAUAAUUAAUCUGUUUGCCUUUCAUUCUUUUUUAAAAAACACACAUUCUGUGACAGUGCUAGUGGCUGGGCCAGUUUACUCCCCGUUCAGUAUCUCCCGAUUUAGUGCAGUGACACUUGAAGUCGAGGGCAGAGUUCUGAUCACCUGCAGACAUCCCUGCUGCUCCGUUGCUUCUCCUACAGCUUCCGCCAAUGUUUCUACAUUUACAUCAAAAUGAAACAAAAAGGAGUUGGUCUUUUAACACUUGGCCAAAAAUAAAUAGCCUCAGAAACGCUAUGAUAGAAACUGAAUUUCAUUGUCUGUGGUAGGAAUCAGGGAUUCAAAGUGGGGUCAAAGUCUGACAAACUGGAGCGUCAAUCACCAAUGCUGUUCUGCUGAUCCUGCUGCGUUCUGCUGAUGUCUCUUCUUGUCCACAUGCCUUAUACUGUGCUGAACUGGAUACUUGUAAUUUGUGCUAAAGCAUCGGAUUGUACUUACUGAGUGUUACUGCACGAACCCUCGGUUGGAUAACCAUGUGUGUCCCUGAAAAGAAGUCCCGGGGGAAAAAUUCAGGUGUUCGAUCUCUUGUCCUGUGGUUCUGCAGCACUUACAAUUGCACCAUGGAGCAUGCUCAAAAUGUUUAAACUCUCCCUCCGUGAAAGGUACAGCUGACUCCCGAGCAGAAUUGCCAGCUGGAGAAGUACACCGUUUAAUAGGAUAGUUCCCCUGAUGCAUUGGCACACUUCACAUUAUUUUUUUGGUUGUUUUUAUUGAUGUAAGUUUUCAUGCUGUCUUGAUUUGCCAACAGUGUUGUCUAGUUGGGAAAUAAAA